UUUCGUCCGGGCGGAUAUCCGGCCAAUCAAUAUGGCCGCCGGUAGAAAGAAUGGAAGAAGACGUGGUAUUAUCGGACGUGCACAUUUAUACGGAAAACGCCACGGUGGAAGGAUCCGAGAUUUACGCCGCGUUACCGGAAAGGUGGAAAGAGCGAGUAAAAGUUGCGCGGUCUCGGUUCGUUUUCCGUCGGCCCCGUGGAGGAGAGAAAGCGAAACGGCGCCCGACUAGGGAUCCGCCGGCCAGCGACGAGGACGGAGAUCUGUUGAUAGAAAGAAAGGACGUAGGGCCUAAGAACGUGCUGACCCUGGUCCAUCUGACGGCCACCCCUCUGAGUUUGGUGGGUUCGCAGGUGUGGAGAGGGGCCACCUAUCUGGCCGACUUCGUAUUGCACGAGGGAUCUUUACGAUUCGGAGGCAAGAACGUGCUGGAACUGGGCGGAGGAACGGGUCUGUGCAGCAUCCUGGUUUCGUCUUACGCUCGUCGGACGUUUUGCACGGAUCGCGGCGCCACCCAGUUGGAAAUAUGCAGAGCCAACGUGGAAAGUAACGGGAACUCCGUCCGGGUGCGAGAAUUGGACUGGACCUCUUGCGAUCCUCUUUCGGCCGGAGGAAGAUUCGGGUGGAGCGACCGAGACAGAGAGGAACUGAGGGAAACCCAAGUGAUCUUGGCCUCCGACGUGGUGUACGACGACCGUCUGACCCAUUGUUUUCUCCAGACUCUGGACUGGCUGCGGAGUUACGCGCCUUGGCGGGUGGCCUACGUGUCUCUGGAGAGAAGGAUCAACUUCGCCUCGGAGACGUUGACCGAGUGCAGUCCCGCCUACGACUACUUGGUGGACAGACUGGACUCUCUGCGCGACGUAUACGACGUCGGUCGCUGCCCGGACUUUCCGCAGUAUUUUCGCUACGAAAGGACGCCCCAACUGCAACUGUGGGCCAUUUCUCCCAAGACCUGAUUGGCGCAAACUUCGCACCUACUGUACUUUUUCGAAUUGAUGGAAAAUUAUAAUUAAAGCGCCGGUUUAUUCGCCUUUCUAUUUAAUUUUCCAACGGAACUCGACAGAAAUCCAGGAUUUCUGUCGAGUACAGAUUUUCUGGUGGACCAGAGAGGAGGAUCGUUGCCUCUCGCAAACUAAUUCCGAGUAUAAUAACGCGCGCCAUCUAACCGGGAAGUCGGAAUCAAAUGUUUGGGUGGAACAUUUCUUCCGCAGUAAUUUUUUUAUCGAGUUUUAAAGACUCGAACCUCUUCCCAAAAGCCCGUCUUCCAGUUUUUCGGCCAUUUUAUCGUGGCCCGAGUCAAUCGGUCGCUUGUUGGUAAUGUUAAUUAAUUCCCCGGGAGUGAAUUCGGAAUACAAAUAAAUAUUUUCUGUCGGUAGUUGAGUAAAAAAAU